CCGUCAUUCAUCCGUCUGACAGAUUCUGUCAAAUUAAGUGAAAUAAAGUUGCACACAUGCAUGGUAGAUUUAUUUUGCAAUUUGAAAACAAUAUUUUCUAAUCAACUUUACACUGCUGACCUUUGAAAAUGCCGGAUAUAGAAAUGUCGUCUGGUUUGGACUGUGAAGAGAGCUCUCAAGAUGGUUCGAUCGCUAACAGUAUUUCAGAUUCAGGAAAAGGGAUCAAGGGAUUGAUUAAGAAAAAAACAAGGAAGCGAGGUAUAAUAUAUCUAUCGACUAUCCCUCCCUACAUGAAUGUAGCUAAGAUUCGUGAAAUAUUCAGUGAAUUCGGCGAUGUUGGGAGGAUAUAUCUACAACCAAGUGCCAAACCUGGAGAAAAGCGCAAGCGGGUUCCCAAUCAAUUUACUGAAGGUUGGGUGGAAUUCCAAAAGAAAAAGGUAGCAAAGUUGGUGGCAACAAAACUAAACAAUACCAAGAUUGGCACGAGAAAAAAGUCCCGAUACUAUGACAUGAUAUGGAAUAUCAAAUACAUACCGAGGUUCAAAUGGAUACAUUUGAGUGAAAGACUUGCAUAUGAGAGGGCAGCACUCAAACAGAGGCUGAGAGCUGAAAUAUCACAGGCUAAGAAGGAGGCCCACUAUUUACAAACAAAUGUAGAAAAAAGUAAGAAGAUGAAGAAAAAGAAAUCAACUGAGUCAACAAUAAAAUCAACUUUAAGCUAA